UUUGUCUCCCACUCCGUACGCCGCCAUAAUUUACCAUUCUCCUCAUUCUAUCCUACAAAUCAAUCAUGGGAGAACGCAUAUCAUUGGACGAGCAGUACCCAUUGCCUGACUCCGCUUCGGCGGACAAUUCCGCGCCAGCCCCAAAACGUCGGAAGCUACGCAAGGGAACAGCCUCUUGCUGGGAGUGUAAGCGGCGGAAAGCGAAAUGCAUCUUCUCCGAUGAUCUCGGUAUCUGCGACUCAUGCAAGAGGCGCGGAACAGACUGUGUGAGUCAGGAAUCUGAGAAGCCGCCUGAAGUUGGAAGCAAUAAGCACAUCGUGGAUCGGCUUGGGGAGGUUGAAGCCUUGGUACAGCACCUUCUCAAGAAUGCACAAUCCGACAGGCGAUCCCGAAAUGGUUUGGUUUCGCCGUCGAGCUCGGUAUCGAGAAGACGAAGCGAAGAUGGACAUAGACGUUCAAAGUCACCCGCAGUCGUUAACACCAAUGCCGCAUCAACAGACGAUGCUUCCCUCUCAAUCCACCCCAUAGAACUUACACCACAGUCCGAUAUAUCACCGCCAUCUCACAUUCCCGAUGAUCCAGGACCCUACGAUGCUGUGUACCAAGCCCUGAUAUCUGCCUGGCCAAGCGCAGAAGACAUGAAAAUAAUCAUGAGCGUCCCAGUAGAAUCCUCGCAAAUUAUCAGAGCAAUGACAUGUGCACCACCAAAGGAACGCGGUUCAAGGCUCCCAUCUCCGUCCAGCUUGCUUCGCUUGCCACCACGAGGAGCUCAUCCUGUCCUCGUCGCUAGGAAAAUGCUCGUACUCGCCACCUUUCUCCAAGGCACUCUGAUUUCAUCAGAAAAGCACCUUGAAAAGCUCAGCACAAGCUACGAGAACAUAAUGGCACGGAUUGUCAAAGUCGCGCAUGAUCAUGUCACCUGCAACGAUGACCUAAUUUCCUCACUCGAAGGCAUAGAAUGCAUCAUGCUCGAGGGUCUUUAUGAGAAUUACGCAGGCAAUCUCCGCCGAUCGUGGCUUGCGGCGCGUCGUGCUGUCAUGAUAGCCCAGGUUUUGGGCCUCAACAAGGGCAUUGUUCCAUCUUCGGUAAGAGGAGCGACCGUUGAACCAGAUGAUUUAUGGUUCCGUGUGAUCAACCUCGAUCGAUAUCUUUGCCUGAUGCUAGGUCUGCCCCAGAGCGCACCUGAUGAACCAGUUGGCAACCUCGAUACGCUUGACUCUUACUCAGCAAAUCGGAAGAUGCAACAUCUCUGCUCAAUGGCCUGCGCCCGUUUAUUGAGUAGAAGAACAUCGGGCAUCUUUGAUCAAUCACUCACCAGAGAGAUUGACAAGUUGCUACGAGAUGCAUGUACAUCUAUGCCAGCCCAGUGGUGGAUCAUGCCCAAUUUGUCUUCCCACUACGAGCUCGCCGAUAAAAUCCGCGAGACUCUUCGUUUCAACGAUCAUUUCAUGCAGUAUCACCUUCUACUACAGCUACAUAUGCCUUAUCUAUUGAAGGUCGAAGGGGGAGAAGAGUGGAAGUACAACAAGUUGACGGCUGUGACAGCAAGUCGAGAAAUCCUGUCGCGUUUCGUCUCCAUCCGCUCAAUUCCUCAGUCACGAUAUCACUGCCGAGGAACAGAUUUAAUCGCCUUUAUGUCGUGUACAGCCUUAACUAUCGCUCACAUUCUUUGUGAUGAGCGUCACAAAAGGAUUGAGGAGCAGGGCUUUCACUUCCUUACACAACAGCGGUUGAGUGAUCGUGGGCUCAUCGAACAGGUGCUGAAAAUAGCACAAGAUGGUUUGCGCAGAACGAAUGAUGAUAUUUCGAAGAGACUAAUGACUCUACUGCACUAUCUUCUGGCGAUUGAGGAUAAUGUGACAGCUGGGGUACGCUAUAGUGUUUCUUUUGCCGAAGAGUUGGUGAAGAAUGGGAAUUUGGGUCAUCAUGUCAAAGCCAGUGACGAUGGAACAACUCUCGACAUUUAUCUGCCCAAUUUUCCUAUGAUCAAGAUUGUGAGGCGUGAUCCCUAUGGAACGGAAAGGCCACCUAUCACAAUGGAAGUUCCUUGGGGCAAUAUAGCAUUGGAUCGGCCCGGGCCAAGGGACGCCUUAGGAGAUGACCAUUUGGUUGAUCCUAUACCUUCUUCAUCAACUCAUGAAGGAGAAAGUGUGAGAACAGAUCUGGAUGAGCCCUCUUCUCUACAGGAUAUCCCAGUGGCAGAUUCAUGGGCGUUAGAGGGUCUGGAUAUGAGCUUUCUUGAUAAUUGGGUGGAAGGGCCAGUGUUCGUCUGAAGGGCUGAUGAUGUCUCAAGUAUUGGUGCUACUGGAAGAUAUAUGUUAUCUAUUCAAUCAACAUGUGCACGUCUAACUAUGUCUAUGAC